UCUAUAUGUGACGUAUCAGAACACUUUUAUCCACGGUCAGUGUAUACUAUGGAGAGGACACAGUUAUGGACAGCCAUUGUCCUAGCGUACGUUUGUCUUACUGUCUGUACCAGUUCCCCUGUGUCCACUAGUGAUCAACAUGGCGAUCUCAGGUGGGAAAACGACCCCCACUAUUUUACUAGAACUAUCAGGAUGCCAAAUGCCGUGUCUACCAAGCCUGAUGCCCUCUUGUGCCACUCUGUUAAACUCGAUGACCAGGAAGCUUACAUCUUGAAAUACGAGCCGCAUGCUACGAAGGCGGUGGCACAUCACAUGAUGGUGUAUGGGUGUGGUAAACCAGGAAGUGACGAACCCUACUGGCCGUGUGGAGAGAUGGAUGAUAGUUCGGACGACUCCGUGUGUUCGGACGGAGCCCGGGAAAUCGUUUACGCCUGGGCAAUGGAUGCUGACUCCAGAGAACUCCCGAACGGUGUCGGUUUCCGUGUCGGCGGUACUACACGGACCAAAUAUGUCGUCAUACAGCUCCAUUACAAGGAAAAGUUCGAAGGAGACUUCAGAGACAACUCCGGCGUGACACUCCAUAUGACCUUCACCCCGCAACCGAAGCAAGCUGGUUACUAUGUGAUGGGCAAUAUGGGAAACAUACCUCCGACGGUUCAAGGUUUCCAUAUGGAGUCCGCCUGUGACUAUAAGUAUAACGACACAAUAUACCCUAUCGGCUACCGGACACAUUCUCACAAUCUUGGUGUUGUAACAUCCGGAUACCGUAUACGCGAUGGAGUGUGGACCGAGAUUGGACGCAUGUCACCACAACUUCCGCAGACUUUCUACAAUGUCACAAACCCUGGUAUAGAUGUGCGAUUUGGAGAUAUCCUGGCUUCUCGGUGUACAAUGAGCAGCGACAGGAUCGGAGCCACUGCGAUAGGCCCUUCCAACAAGGACGAGAUGUGCAAUUUCUACAUUCUGUACUACACGUACCGGAAGGAGAAUCUUAAUGUACGGUACUGUUUCCGGAAUGCGCAGAAGUUCCGGUGGAGCAAAUAUCUCAAUAACAUACCCGAUGACGCAAGCUCAACAGAUGGUCUUCCCGCCUUUACGAGGGUGGAUUCCUUCGCGCGUGCUCUUAAACACACGCAGGAGAGAGGGUUUGACCAUCAAAAUGAAAUUAUGAAAUAAUAAAAAAUGAUUUU